AUGCGCGCUCCCGCCAAAGCGCAGCAUCAGCACCACUACCUAAAGCGCGCUCACGCCUCUAGCGAGCCUGUCGCCAUCCCGGCCGGGAGAGUUGGAGUUGGCCGAAAAGACGACUAAACGAUGCUGGACUGUCCGUUGAAGCGGAGAGGAUAACAUCUGAUUUACUCACCUAAGCGGGGGCUGUCUACCGGAAAGAAUGGACAUCAAAAUUAUUGGCUCAUGCCUCUUACUCUUUCUCGCCUUUCCGCAUUGCUCGUCACGGCCAUGCUUAGAUCCGCUCAUCUCUCCUCUCUAUGCGUCCUCUUUCCACGCAUCCUCAAGAUAUAAUUUUCUUUACUCUGCACACUUUGCCAAACUGUAUGGGAGCAGUGGCUGGUCUCCGUCCCCUCGGGACAGGCAGCCAUGGAUGCAGAUUGACUUGGGGAGGAAGUAUCGUAUCAUGGCUAUUGCUACUCAGGGUACCUUCAACUCGUAUGAUUGGAUCACCAAAUACAUGCUGCUGUACGGGGACCGAUUCGACUCGUGGACUCCAUAUGUCAUGAAAGGAGGCAACAUGACGUUGCCUGGCAACUGGAAUUACUACCAGGUGAAGAGGAACGUCUUUCAUUAUGCAUUCACUGCCAAACAUCUGCGUAUCUACCCCAUGGGAUGGAACACUGACAAUGGAGGCAAGAUCGGCCUUCGGCUAGAGGUCUAUGGCUGCCCUUACGACUCAUAUGUGAUGCAGUUUGAGGGGGAUGACAUGGUGGCAUACUCAUUCCCAAGAGGCCGGAUGAGGACACUUCAGGACCACUACGCUUUGAACUUUAAGACCCUGGAGAAGGAUGGCAUUCUUCUGCACAGUGAGGGCCUUCAGGGAGACUCAGUCACUCUAGAGCUGAAGACUGGACGGCUCUACUUACACAUUAGCCUGGGGAGCAGCACGGUUCACAACACAAAUGGCAUGACCACAAUGAGGCUGGGCAAUCUAUUGGACACCCAGCACUGGCACUACGUCACCAUCAAACGCUACGGCCGAGAGGUUAACUUCACCCUGGACAGUCAGACUGAAACCACCAUCCUGAAUGGAGAGUUCCAAUACCUCGAUCUGGACAAACAGAUUUAUGUUGGCGGGGUGAUUGAGAAAGAUGUGCCCCACCUCCCUGGUAAGGUAAACUUCCGUGGCUGCAUGGAGAACAUCUUUAUCAAUGGAAUCAAUAUAAUCUACAAUACAAAAUACCAGGAGCCUGAAAUUCGACUUGCUCCUAAAAAGACAAAGAUGCAUUAUACAUGCCGUGACCUCCUCUGGAAGCCCAUGACCUUUGCAGGGCCCAACAACUACCUGCAGCUGCCUGGGUUCUUCCGGAAAAACCGUCUGGCGGUGAAGUUUAAGUUCCGCUCCUGGGACUACACAGGGCUGCUGAUGUUCACCAGGUUUGCAGAUGAUUUGGGCUCUCUGGAGCUGGGACUGAGUGAAGGACAGGUCAACGUCACUCUUAUGCAACCUGGGAACAAGAGAUUACGCUUUGCUGCAGGGUACCGUCUAAACGAUGGCUUCUGGCACACGGUUGACCUGACUGCCAAAGACAACUUGCUAACCAUCACUAUUGAUGAGGACGAGAGUUCACCGUUAAAGAUCACCAACCCCUUCACAGUUCGCACAGGAGACCGCUACUUCUUUGGUGGUUGUCCCAAAACCAAUAACACGGUUCGCUGCGUUACCAAGCUGUCUCGCUUCCACGGCUGCAUGCAGCAGAUCUUUAUAGAUGAUGAGCCGGUGGAUAUAGAUGUCAUGCUGCAGAGGAAAUGGGGCAGAUACGCUGAAGUGCUGCUGGGCACUUGCGGGAUCACUGAUAGGUGCUCUCCAAAUCCAUGUGAACAUGAAGGCAGGUGUAUUCAGUCCUGGAAUGACUUUCUGUGUGUAUGUAACAACACAGGCUACAAGGGGGAAGUUUGUCAUAACUCGGUGUACAGAGAGUCAUGUGAAGCCUACAGACUGAAUGGAAAGUACUGGUCAGGCAACUACACCAUAGAUCCAGAUCUGAGCGGUCCUCUGAAGCCUUUCACUGUUUACUGCAAUAUGUUACAAAAAUCAUGGACCGUAAUUGAGCACAACCGUAUGAAGAACACCAAGGUGAGCGGGUCCACUCUGGAUCGGCCAUAUAUUGGGGAAGUCCAGUAUGUAAAUGCAUCGUGGGAUGAAGUCACUGCUUUAGCAAACACAUCCUUAUACUGCGAACAGUGGAUUGAGUUCUUAUGCUACAAGUCACGCCUCCUCAAUACUCCACAUGGAAGACCUUAUACUUACUGGAUUGGUCGCCAUAAUGAGAGUCAUGAAUAUUGGGGCGGAGCUUUCCCUGAGAGUGGAAAAUGUGGAUGUGCCGUCAAUCAAACCUGCACUGACUCCAAGUACUGGUGCAACUGUGAUGCCGACUACCGCCAAUGGCACUCAGACAAGGGCUACCUGUCAUUCCGAGAUCACUUGCCAGUCAGAAGGAUUGUCAUAGGGGACACUAACCGCACCGGUUCAGAGGCUCGCUACAGUGUUGGGGCACUGUAUUGCCACGGAGACAGGAGUAUCUGGAACACUAUAGGCAUCACCAAGCCCACCUAUCUGACCUUCCCUACCUUCAAGCCUGGCACCAGUGCCGACAUCACAUUUCACUUCAGGACUUACCGCACUAACGGAGUGUUUCUGGAAAACUCAGACGAUCACCUUCGGAAUUUCAUCCGAAUAGAACUCAACUCCACAACUGAGGUGGUGUUCAUUUUCAUGGUGGGUGACGGCAUCAGGAAUGUGACCCACCGCUCUCCUAAACCUCUCAACGAUAACGAAUGGCACUAUGUGGAGGCUGAAAUCAAUGUGAAAUUGGCACGUCUCAAAGUAGAUUUCUUCCCUCCUGCCAUACACAAAUUCCCAGGCCAGACUUACAUCACCAUGAAGUUCACACAACCCCUACUUGUAGGUGCGGCCAAUCACACUUUAAGGCCUUUCCUGGGUUGUUUGAGGGGGCUGCGGAUGAACGGGGUGCCUGUGGAUUUGGAGGGGAAGGUUGAUGAGAGGGCUGGAAUACGGAGGAACUGCACUGGAGCAUGUCUGAAUGUCUCCAUACCGUGUCGAAACGGAGGCCAGUGCAUUGAUGGGUAUGCUUCAUAUGCCUGUGACUGCAAUAACACAGCCUUCGACGGCUAUUACUGUCACUUAGAUAUCGGGGCAUUCUUUGAUGUGGGAGCAUGGCUACGCUAUGACAUCCGUAAAGAGCCGAUUUCCUUUGAUGCAUGGUGGGCAAACUUCUGGAUAGAGCCUCACUGGCACAACUUCACCCUUGGCUACAACACAACAACUGAUGACAUAGAGUUCAGCUUCAGCACACUGCAGGCGCCAGCUGUGCUGCUGUAUAUCAGCUCCUUUGGCAAUGAUUACAUCGCUGUCCUGCUCAAGAAAGAUGGUACAUUAUCACUGAGGUACCGGCUUGGCAUAAUAAGCUAUAAAUUUAAGUUGACUGAUAGAAACAUGGCUGAUGGAUUCCCUCAUUUUGUAAACAUCACACGACACAACUACACCAUAUGGACACAGGUGGAUUACAUGGAUCCAUGGAUUGAGAAGUUAAUACCAGGAGAGAUUCCCAGAUUUGACUCACCAAAGUCUAUAUUCUUGGGCAGAGUCAUGGAGGUGGGAGGUGUAGAUUACGAAAUUCAGAGGCACAACAGUCCAGGAUUUAUGGGCUGUAUAUCAGGGGUCCGCUAUAACAUAUUCGCCCCGCUGAAGGCUUACUUCCGACCCAAUGUAACCAAUCCACCCGUGACAACUCAAGGCUAUGUGGUGGAGUCUAACUGUGGAGCAUUUCCCCCUGUCUUAGGAUAUGUCCCUUGGGAGGAUGACCCCUGGUUCACUGGGCUGUUCUUCUAUUACAUUCAUGAUGAUGUGACCCCACCUUGGAUGACAUUAAUCGUGACCGUGUCUCUAAUGCUGCUGUUCCUGAUCCUGUACGGCCUCUACAUUUAUCUGUACAGGUAUAAAGGCAGUUAUCACACUAAUGAACCCAAACAGCUGGAGUCUCCCAGCUCCGCUCGGCCCCUCACUGACACUCUGCGCAAGGAGAGAAAGAACCUGCCAGAAAUAGAGGAGGAGAGUCCCAAUGAAUAACACACAACUACAGAAUGAGAGAUGACUGGAUGAAAGGAGGUGAAGACUGAGGACUAAGUUACAAAUGGGAUUUUCUUAUUUAUCUUUGCUUUUAUGGUAAUGUAACUGUAUAUUUAUUUUUCUGUCCCAUUAUUUUUUACAGUGUAAUCUGAUUAUUUGGUGCUUUUGGAAGAGUUCAAACCAAGCAGGCUAGAGAAAAUUUACAAUCCAAUCAGUGAGCACUGGCAGUGCAGUCCAACUGAAGUGCCUCAGCAACAUUACAGGAAACUUUGAAACUACAUAACACUACAAAAAAUAUAUUUUCUUAAUCAGUAUUUUUCUUGUUUUCCUGUAAAAAUAUCUAAACAUCCUUAAAACAAGAUAAAUUUACUUAAGAUAUUAAGACUUAUAUUUAUUUGUCUUACCCCAUUGGCCAAUAAUUUUUUCUUGUUUUAAGUUUAAAUCUAACAAAAUUAGAUUUAUGCUUAAAACAAGAAAAACAAAUCCAAUGGGGAUGUUUUAUGUUUAACGUUUUAGGGAUAAGUAGAUAUUUUACUGUAAAACAAUACUGAUUAAGUAAUUUUUUUGCAGUGUAUACAUUGAAUAAAGUGAUAAUUUUGGCUCAUUAUUGUGUACUGACAGAAGUAGUGUAGAUUUAAGUGAGUUAGAUAGUCAUGUGUUGUUGAGAGAGCAAAAACUUCAUUAAUGUAUAGCUGGAUCCAAAAAUAGCUCAGAAACAUUGCUGAGAUGGUAUUUAAGUACCUAUUUGUUAUUAGUACUCCCUUCAUCAGGUUACGGCGCUUAAAAGAAUUGGAGAUUCAAAUGGCAUUGAAUGGCUUUAGCUUCUUAAGAGCACAAUGACUGAACUUCAUUGUGUUGAACAAUGUUCUGUUGGGGAAAUCUAAUUUCUGUGGCAUAUUUAAAACAACAGAGCAGUGUUUUUAAGAUAGCCAUAUUGCAUUUGCAUAAUUAUUGGUGACAAUUCUGUGUUAUAGCAUUUAUGAAGAUUUGGACAGUUUCGUAAAUGUGACACAAUGGGCUACGUCUAACCAUCAGCCCAAUUUUAAAACAUGAACAUGACUGGGUAACAUUUGUCACAAGGCAUUAAAUACAGAGAUAGAAAUUAAAAGCUUAUAACUAAGAAUACAUAUCCUCCUUAUCGCUGCUACAGCAAAACCUUGCCACACCAGCCUCUUCAAGCCAUUAUCUGUCUCAAGGAAUUUCGACACUAAGUUCUAAAUGAAAUCAAGAAGAAUCUAUAUAUAUUUUAAAAGCUAUAUUGUGUCAUUCAGAGUAUGUCAGAUGCCACAGAUGGGUGUGAUUGAAGUGUAAGCUAUGUUGUUAUCUGUCUGUUCAAGAGAACUGCAGGCAAAUGCAGAGUAAAAUAGAUUGUUAUAAUAGCAUACAUUAAUAUGUCUUCCAUUCAAUCAACAUUGUAUUUGUCAUUACAGAUGACUGAUUCCAGAAAACGUGUUCUAGAAUGAUUGCACUUUGGAUUGAAAAUACUUGGUGGAAAAAAAAUCACAGAAUUACCAAUAUCUACACAUAAAAUACAAUACAAAAUCUCCAGAAUAUAGGGGAAAAGCAACAGGGUAAUUGGGUGGUCUGUUGGUUUGUUGCAGAUUACCAUAUCAUAAACUGCAAUCAGGUAAUUCAGUUUAACUAUCAAAUGUAAAUCUAGAUGGUUUAAACUGAAACCUAAAGCAUCUGAUAAUAUUUUUAUAUGGGCACACAAUCUUUGAAUUCUGUUUGGUUACUAUCAUGAUACAGAGCAGUUCAGCACAAGUCUGGUUAUUGUUAUCAAGGGGCUUUCACACAUCACAGAGAAAUGGUCUGUGGAUGGAAGACACCCAUGUAAAAAGUCCUUUUUUUAAAUUCAACCAUGCAUUUGCUAGAGGACACCAUUGUUGCUGCUGCUUCUUAGCUGCUUUUGAUGGCGGUCAAUCCAAAGCUUAGAGCAAUCACAUCAACCUUUCCAGGGGUAAAAUUAGGUGUUUAAAACUAAAGAGCAUAUAUGAUAGAACAUAUGUAUAAUAUCUAGAAGCUAUGCAGUUUGCAUGACUACUGCACUUUUCAUCGAAAUACAAUAAGAAAAAAAAUCAACUGCUUCCAGUGCCAGGCACAUGUUCUUUAGUCUGUUUCUGUUGCUCUUAAGAGCUUCUCUCAAAGAGAUCACAUAAUAUUCAUCCACAGAGUAUACUGUUUAUAUAUAUAUGUAUAAAUAAAGUGUACUUCUCUUUUUAUCAUUAAUUUGUAUUAAAAAAAUGUCAGGCAAGA